CUACGCACAAGUAUGGCGGCCUGAGAGUUGUGACAACUGUUUUGAUGGUGUAAAGAAUCGUUUUUUUCCAUUUCUAAAACGUCUUUUGCUCGGAAUUCGUGUUUAUCUGAACUAAUAACCACAUUGCGACUCAGACAAACAUGCCGUCUGCCUGUGACUCUCUGAUUGAAGACAUUGAGGACAUGGUGUCUGCUAGUGACCCCACACCUCAUGAGAGACAGUCUGCUAGAAAGAGCAUCAUACCGAGGUCCAGGAAGAAAAAAGAGCUGAGCCAUGAGGAGCUUCAAGCUGACAGUGUGAUCCCUGGGACCCAAAAAAUCUGGAUGAAAACAUGGGGCUGCAGUCAUAACAACUCCGACGGAGAGUACAUGGCUGGACAGCUAGCUGCCAGCGGAUACAAGAUCACUGAUGACCCAACAGAAGCAGACCUGUGGUUGCUCAACAGCUGCACUGUGAAAAACCCUGCAGAAGACCACUUCAGAAACUCAAUCAAAAAAGCCCAGGAUCAGCAGAAAAAGGUAGUAGUAGCAGGUUGUGUUCCCCAGGCCCAGCCACGGAUGGACUACCUGAAAGGACUCAGCAUCAUUGGGGUCCAACAGAUUGAUCGAGUGGUGGAAGUAGUGGACGAGGCCGUUAAAGGCCACUCAGUUCGUCUGCUGGGUCAGAAGAAAGAUGGAGGUCGGAGGCUCGGAGGAGCCAGACUGGACUUACCCAAGAUCAGGAAGAACCCCCUCAUUGAAAUCAUCUCCAUUAACACUGGGUGUCUGAAUGCAUGUACCUACUGUAAAACUAAGCAUGCCAGAGGAGACCUUGCCAGCUAUCCCAUUGAGGAGCUAGUGGAGAGAGCCAGGCAGUCUUUCCAUGAGGGAGUGUGUGAGAUCUGGUUGACCAGUGAGGACACAGGAGCUUAUGGUAGAGACAUAGGGACUGACCUGCCCACAUUGCUGUGGAGAUUGGUGGAGGAAAUUCCUGAAGGGGCCAUGCUGAGGCUGGGUAUGACCAACCCACCGUACAUCCUGGAGCACCUAGAGGAGAUGGCAAAGAUAUUGAAUCAUCCACGUGUCUAUGCCUUCCUUCAUGUUCCCGUGCAGUCGGCCUCAGACAGCGUCCUGAUGGACAUGAAGAGAGAGUAUUGCAUCGAUGACUUCAAAAGAGUGGUGGACUUCCUCAAAGACAGGGUCCCAGGUGUAACCAUUGCCACAGAUAUAAUCUGCGGUUUUCCUGGUGAGACAGAGGAAGACUUCCAAGAGACAGUAGACUUGGUGAAACUCUACCGAUUCCCAAGUCUCUUCAUCAACCAGUUCUACCCCAGACCCGGUACGCCUGCCGCCAAGAUGGAGCAAGUGCCAGCACAUGUGAAGAAGCAGAGGACUAAAGAGUUGUCACAACUGUUCCACUCUUACAACCCCUACGACCAUAAGGUAGGGGAGAGGCAACAUGUGUUGGUGACAGAGGAGUCGUUUGAUGCCCAAUACUACGUGGCUCACAACAAAUUCUAUGAACAGGUGCUGGUACCUAAGAGGGCUGAGUUCAAAGGGAAGAUGAUUGAGGUGGACAUCUAUGAGGCAGGAAAACACUUCCUGAAAGGCCGACCGGUUGAGGACAGUAAGCCGUUCACUCCCUCCAUCGCUGCACCACUUCAGAAAGGAGAGGUGUCUGGCCUGAUGCAGGAACACAUGGCCAAUGGCGUCCAGGGUCCUGCCUCUGUGUCUUCUUCGUCCGUCCUGUUGAUCGGCUCUCACAGGCUGGACAGGGAAGGACUGAAGAAACUGGCAAUCGGAUUUGCUCUGGCCGCAGCCAUGCUGGCUUUCAUCGUAGAGAAACUGUACUGAUGGAGGAGCUGCGGCUAGAAGGAGGAGGACGGUAACAUCACAGGAGCCUGAGCAGCGUGUUGGAAGCAGGUGAACACAUCAGUACGAACGGCCUCCUCAGAUCCGCUGUCACAUUCUGAUCUCAUUCAAGUUUUAAAUGAACCAAAUAACAAGAAGACGAAGUCAGUAACACCUCGAGGAUUAUUGGAAUGUUCUGUGAGAUUUCUGUUCUUUUUAGCACAGUUAGUCAGACGUUUACUGUUGAAUUGAGGGCAUAGUUUGCCACUUAGCAGUCAUUUUACUCUGUUUGCUCCAACAAAGUCUUUUUCAGUCAGUGAAGUGGAAUAACCACACGGGCAAAGGACAGCAGUCUUCACAGACCUUAACCAACUCUUUUUAUAGCAGCCUUUUUGUUGCAAUUUACACCCUUGUUAUACUACAUUUUAAUUAGAAUCUUGUUUAAGUGCAGGUUCUGGUUCAUAUUUUUCUUCCUUGUUAUGCUCUCCUGAUGGCUGCAGCCCGACGUCGAACAUAAACUGGUGAAGAGUGUUUUGAAUCAUGUUUUUAGGUCUUUACUUAAAUUACACACAACUCAAGUAGUUGAACACAUUCUGGUCAGCUGCACCACAACAAAGUUGCUUUUCAGCCUGCCGGGUCGCACAGUGAUUCUCAGGUGUUCAUUUUUUAGAGGUACUCAGCAUAUAUAUUUCCAAAUAUCGUGUGCUACAGAGUUGGCCAGCCUCAUUUUGAUGGAUUGAAAUGUGCUUACAUUACACUAUGUGUUAUUUUAUUCUGUGGAAAGGAGUAAUGAUGUGUAUAAUACUCUGAUUAAAGGUGAUUUGCAACCUUCAUUUCAAAGUAUUUAUUUUUGAAUAAGAGACAUGGACAGUAUAUUUUCAGAUCCUCAGAACGAACGCCUUCAAAGUUGUUUCAUCAUGUUACUCUUUUGUUUUAGUGGUUGUUCAAAAAGGUUUUUGUUUGUUUCAUUGUAUGGUUUUUGCCUCAUACAUCAAAGUCAGGUGCAGUUCAUUUGUAAUGUGUGUCUUCCCUGAUUAGCAGACAUGACUUUGUGCUAUGAAACCCCACACAGAGUGUGGUCUAUUUUAUUUGUAUGUAUGCCAGCGUAAAGAAUUGUUUCAUAUUUUCUAGCUGACAUCCACCUCAGAGAUUUCUGCUGCCACCCCAAUACAGUGAAGGUGAAUGGUUUUUCAUUUGUGGAGCUCACAGCAUUGAACCCCAGUAUCCCUGUUGCUCUGGAUUAUCCACCGACGACACUGUCUUUGGUUUUCAUAGGGACUAUUACUGCACUAGAAAUAUUCCACUGAAAAGUGUUCAUCGGGAAAUCUGUGGAUUAUCCAAACCACUGCAAUUCAAUUCUUACACCUUGUAUUGGGGUGGCAGCAGAAACCUCAGAGUGAGAAACGCUUUUCUUUUUCUGUAAUGAAGGUGAACUGCCCGUGCAGUGCAGCUACUCUUGAUAUGUGGACUACUCGUGAUGUCUGAGUCAUUAUUGAGACAGACUUGAUUUGUCUUGAUUUGCAUUGUCCCAACCAUCCAAAACAGUUCAAUAAAGGAAGAA